GCACACACACACACACGGAGUACAUAUUACGUCGGCUCACCUCGCGGGGCGAGCCUCGACGAUAGCAGUUACCCUCUCGGCCGAGUAGGGGUGGUAGGGGUGCGCUUCGUUCAUCGAGGUGGAGGUGGUUGAUCGACCGUACCCUCCGUCUCCGCCGGUUUCACCAGUCGUCCUGCUCAAAGCACGCAGUCGACACGGAUCGCCGGCACGCUCAUUCUACUUCGACCAGUCGAACUCCGAGGUGGUUUCCCGCGGCGGCUGUAUCUUCAUCACGGACGAGACGGCAGAGUGACGUACAAAGACGACUCACUCGAUUCGUCGAAGAUCCGAAUAAUACCACAGAUAGGAAGAGAGAGAGAGAGAGUGAUAAAGAGAGACAGGGGGAGAGAACGUUAGUACGUACUACGGGAUCGUGAGAAACGAGAAGAAACUUUUCGCUCGCUCACGUCAGAGUUCUCCGCGUCGAAAUUCCGCGUCGGAAUUAGCGCGGCGAGCGCGGAUCGAUUUCGAUCGAUUUCAAUUUGGCCCGACGAGGGACGGCUAAAAUCGUUUGAAUAGAAAUCGAAUAGAAAAGACUGCCAGACGAUGCGCCGCUGUUGGGUAUUGUUGUUAGCAUCGUGCACCGUCUUCGCCGUAGCCCGAUGUCUGUCGACGAAUCCAGUGGAAGUGGCGAACAACAGCGAAGAGACCGCAGGUAGACGAGCGAAACCUAAACGAGCACAAGAAACGUCGACGUUUGGAGACCAACAACAGAAUCUGCAACCGCAGGAGAGCAGCAGCUCGAGCGCAUCUCACUCGUCGUCCCCGAACGCGGACACAAGGAAUUCAAGCUCCGUCGCGACGGUGGCAUCAGGACUCGGCGAACUGAAAACAGUCCUGGCGGAAGAAGGGAGAUCUCCUCGUUCGGGGCAGCAGCAGCAGCAACAGCAACAGCAACAGCAACAGCAACAGCAACAGCAACAACAACAACAACAACAACAACAACGACGACGACGACAACGACAACGACAACAGCAACAACAGCAGCUGCACGACACCGAUCCCUUCUCACCGUACAUCAAGGACGACAUUUACGACUACGGUAAAGCAUCGACGAACGAACUGACAAACGAUCGAUCGCCGCCGCUUCCUCGUGCCUGGGACGCGCCUCCUUAUUCUCAUUACCACGACGACGUCGACGAGAAUCGCAGGAAGAGAUCUGAAAAAUCUAUGGUCAUCGGCGGCGGAUCUGGUCGUCGAUCGAUCGCGAAACCAUCGAUCGGUUCUCGUCGGUAUCCGACGUAUCCGACGGCCACACUACUUCAGUCGGCGCAGCUCCAAACGAAGAGAAGCGUUCCCAUUUAUCAAGAACCGCGGUUCAAGAGGGAGCUGGACGUCGAUCCCGAGGACGUUCUGACUCUACUCUCCCUGUGGGAAAAUCAGCGUUACCGUAAACGAAACUGGCGCAAGAACGUGUACGAGGAGUACGAUAACGCGGCAGCGGCGGACGACGACGACGAAGAAGAAGAGAAUCUUCCGCAGGAGGGGGAAAAUCCGCGAAACGCAGUAAUCUCGUGGAUGGACUCGCCGAUGUAUCUCCCUCGCAGUCAGGGCGUACCAGCCAACAUCGGUAUCCUUCGCACUCAUCCGUUCGGUCACUACUACGACCGGUACGACGACGACGCCAACGACAACGACGACGAGGACGACGACGAGGACGAGGACGAGGACGAGGACGACGACGAGGAGGAGGCCGAGAACGACCAUCGAUACGGACAGCAACGGUACGAGGCUUCCAGGCACGCCGACGGAGCUCGAUACGGGCUCGUUCAUCCCUACCAACGAACGUACUACGAGACGACUCCGGCGAAAAGGUGGACGCUUCGGAGGAAGCGGUCAGUGCAGAUCUACGACCCGUACGCCGGCGGCGCGACUCAAUCUCAAGCGAACCCACGAUCGCGCGGUCAUCUGUAUCAUCAGCGUUCGUUCUACUAGAGAAGAAGAAUCUCCGGCGGUGAGGUUCUCGGCGAAGAGCACGCACGGAUCGACCGGUCGCGCGCGCUUCGCGAAGGUCGAACGGCAAAGAAUCGACGAGGACGCGCAACGGGAAGCAUCUCGGCGAACGUCUCCUCUUCGACUCGUCGUCUCGGCGAUCCGAUCCUCCGUACACGAGGCACGCACACAGACACAGACACAGACCGAAAGACAGAGAAAACGUACGUACGCGGGGGAGACACAGGCAGAGAGAUCGGUGGAGAAGAGAACCAAGGCGAAUCGCCGGGGCCGCGAGCGACGGUGCGCGUAUCGACAGACGCACCAGCAGCUCGUACGCUUCCGGUCGUGCGGAAACCCCUGGACACCGCGCGGGCGCGCUCACGCGUUCGAAGACUCGGCAGAGACCGUAGACAGGGGAAAAAGGCGUAACGAAUCGCGCCGAUCGGCACCACUGCGAUUUGCUUUCCGGGCGUUUAUUGAACACUGGCGUACCGACAGUUUAGAAAUCUCGAACGAUAGACAAAACGACGAUCAUUUACAAUAUCGAUCCGCUUUCAUUUUACUUCGUCUGUCUAAUAAAGCUUCAUGCAAAUUUC